AUGAAAAAGAAGCUGAGCUUGAAGCAAAGCCUAAUGACCUUCUCCGAUGCAUGUUUGCGCGUAAAACAUCUUGAGAGUAAGGAGAAAAUUCAAGAUUCUAACACAGAAAUCAAGAACGGAUCUGCAUGUCCCGAGGAUGAUUCGGUGUUUGAAGAGAAAGCCAUUGCAGGAGGAAGGAGAAUCAAAGUGGUGAUAACUAGGAAACAGCUGGAUCGCUUGUUGGCGAAGCAAGUUUCAUUGGAGCAGCUGGUGUUUGUGAAUCAGAGAAUGUUUCUUAGAUCUUUCGACGACAAUAAGUGGAAACCAAGACUUGAAUCCAUCCAUGAAACACCUGAAUUGUAA